AUGAAGACUGCCGAGAUUGUUAAAACGACUCGCUUCAAGAAAUCUACGGUCUACGAGGCAGUGAAACGUUUCCAGGAGUUGGGAGGAACAUCGGAUCGUUCUAGAUGUGGUCGUCCUACCACCGCAACAACACGGAACAAUGUGAACAAGGUUAGGUGCAGGAUCCGUCGCAAUCCGGAACGUUCGAUGCAAAAAAUGGCAAAAGAGAUCGAGAUCAGCAAGGACAGCGUUCGUAGGAUUGUUCAGAACAAGCUGAAGAUGCGCAGUUACAAAAUUGAUCGGGCACACUUCCUCAAUGAUGAUAUGGAACGAAAAAACAACUGGAAAAAGCGCGUCGAAUACUUCGGCUGA